AUGAUAGUCUGGAUUCAAUUACCGGGACUCCCAAUUCAUUUCUACCACAAGGAAGUCCUGAUCUCUAUCGGUAAUUUGAUCGGGCGCACAAUCAAAUUGGAUUAUCACACCCUGAAUCAGCAAAGGGCCAAAUUCGCGCGUCUCGCCGUGGAGAUUGAUCUUGAGAAAGCUCUGGUGCCGAGAGUCUACCUUGAUGAUGAAUGGCAAAAAAUAGAGUACGAGAACCUCCCAGAGGUGUGCUUCGAUUGCGGUAAGAUAGGCCAUACUUCAAGCUGCUGCCCCAACCUCCGUUCGACCUCUCUGGUCGAGGCUCAAGCAGUGACCGGAAACAGAGGAUCGGAGGAGGUGGCUCCGACAACUUCAGAGACGGACGCCGGUUUCGGGCCUUGGAUGAUUGUUACCAAAAAGAGCCGCCGUAAUUAUCGGGAUAACAAUCGGAAUUGGAAGGAGGAGAAUGACGUUGGAAAAUCUUCUCAAGGCAAUGGAGGAAAGUUGGGCAAGAACGGAUCAAAAGGAAAGAAAAGUGUGGGACGCUCACCUUCUCCUCAAAUCUUGGUAGGCCAACAGACAUCUACUCCUGAUGCUAAACUUGUGGCAGCAGAGAAGAGGAAGGAGGAAAUAAAGAAAGGUAAGGAAAAGCUAGGCUCACCCCCAUCUUCUUCGGGCAAAGGCCUUUUGGGCCCAGGUCCUGCUCCAACCUUGGCAACCGGGCUCAAGCCCAAUAAUGGGCUAUUGAAAGCCUCUUCCUCCUCUGCUCCUUUCGAGUUGCCCAGAGAAAGGCAACCUGAGCCUCCAAAGACUGAGCGUUCAGCCCACAUAGCCAUCCCUCAAGCUCUUUCCUCUCUUCAUGUGCAAACUACAAUUGGGCCCAAUGGUACGAACAUUCAGCUCGUCACCAUCCAGCAACCCUCCUUCAAGCCAAAAUCACAAAUAGCCACCUCCCCGACGCCGACAACCCAGGGAAAACAAAAAGGCAGUAAGAGUUCCCAAUCCCGCUCCCGCAAAUUAUCUCCGAUCAAGAACAAUCAUCUUAAGCCGCUUCAAAUUUGGUCCCCAAUGAAAGAGAAGAAAAGCAAAGCUAAAUCUUGA